AUGUCGCCGGUGUACAUCGAAAUUGAAUAUUAUAAGUCUCUCAACUUAUAUCACAGAAUUUUGAAAAUGGGUGCUCUGCUUUUAGCAUUUUCCAUGUCCUUCAUCUUUUUAGGGCUGUUUACUGCAACCCCUUUUGUUCUAGCCCUUCUUGGGGUCUUAGUUUUUCUCACUGUGGCCAUUUUAGCUACGUUCUUGUAUGCGUAUAUAAGAGAAUCACUGUCAACAGAAAGACGUCCACCAAUAGCUGGUUUGGUGUUAAAUCAUCUGGUACACUUCAAUAAGCUCUUCGAUUACCAAACGGCUGUUGCUCGGAAACACAGGACAUACCGCAUGCUUACGCCAUCACGUAGUGACAUCUAUACAGUUGAUCCUACUAACAUCGAGCAUAUACUUAAAACCAACUUCCUCAACUAUGGAAAGGGGGACUAUAAUUUGGCUAUAAUGAGAGAUCUAUUUGGUGAUGGGAUUUUCGCGGUGGAUGGAGAGAAAUGGCGGCACCAAAGGAAGCUUGCUAGUUAUGAAUUUUCAACACGAGUUCUAAGAGAUUUCAGUACCAAUGUCUUCAGGGUGAAUGCUGCAAAAUUGGUUUCAAAGAUUUCGGUAUCUGCAGUAGCCGGAGAAGUAAUAGAUUUACAGGAUAUGUUGAUGAAGUCAGCUCUAGACUCAAUAUUCAAGGUCGCAUUUGGAGUCGAUCUGAAUAAUUUAAAUGGCAUAGAUGAUUUUGGAAAACGAUUCACCAAGGCGUUUGACGAUUCCAAUGUUAUUGUGUUCUGGCGCUAUGUUGAUUUUUCAUGGAAAAUUAAAAGAUUUCUCAACAUUGGCUUGGAAGCCUCUCUUAAGCAAAACCUCAAGAUCAUUGACGGCUUCAUAUUCGAGUUGAUCAGACGCAAGAGAGAGCAGAUGAGAAACGGAAAGCUUGAUAGUGGAAAAGAGGACAUAUUGUCAAGGUUUUUGAUGGAGAGCACAAAGGAUCCAGAAAACAUGACCGAUCAAUACUUGAGAGAUAUAAUUCUCAACUUCAUAAUUGCUGGCAAGGACAGUUCUGCAAACACUCUCACUUGGUUCUCUUACUUGGUCUGUAAGCACCCUCUGGUUCAAGAAAGGAUUGCACAGGAAGUAAGAGAAGCAGCUGAAGCUCAUGAAGAUAGCAUAUCUCCUGAAGAAUUUUCCGAGUUGAUAACCGAAGAAGCACUGAACAAGAUGCAGUAUCUUCAUGCUGCUAUAACCGAGACUCUCCGGCUAUAUCCAGCUGUUCCUCUGGACGGGAAGGCUCCAGUAGAGGAUGAUAUUCUCCCUGACGGCUAUAAAGUCAAAAAAGGAGAUGAGAUAACCUAUAUGGCCUAUGCCAUGGGAAGAAUGACUAACAUAUGGGGAGAUGAUGCUGAGGAAUUUCGACCUGAACGGUGGCUUGAUGAUGAUGGUGUUUUCAGAUCAGAAAGCCCUUUUAAGUUCACUGCUUUUCAUGCCGGACCUCGGAUUUGCUUAGGGAAGGAAUUUGCUUAUAGGCAAAUGAAAAUCUUGGCAGCUCUACUACUCAAAUUCUUCAAGUUCAAACGUGUAGAUGAGAGAAAGGAAGCCAAAUAUCGCACCAUGUUCACUCUUCAAAUGGAUGAAGGGCUUCAUUUAUAUGCAUUUCCUAGGCUGUGA